AUGGCCGAAGACCUGGACACCAGCAAAAUCAAAAAUUGGCGGUCAAUUAUAACUCUCAUUAUCUUUGUGGUAACGAAUAUCGUCGUGCUUUUUCCAUUCACCAUUCCCAUAUACAUCCCUCGAUGGCUCUAUAAUGCGACUUUGGAUGGCCUGAGUGCCCUGCGCGUAAUACCUUCCCGCAAACUCGACCCACGGUACCAAGACAAGCAAAGUCUGUUGGUGCGAUUCAAUUUCCCUCUCAACUUCGUGACUGCGCCGUUGGCUGCAGAUCUCUUUCUUUUAGCUAUACUGGCAAUUGGCCGAAAAGAGGUGCACGAUGGAACGCUCGGAGCUGACAACAUUAUUCCUAUCGAUAUUAUGGCUUUCUUCCUCACGCUUGCCUAUAUUGCCAUUUCAAUCGAUGCUUCUGGCCUUAUCCGAUGGCUAGCAUUCAAGGUGCUUCAAAAAGGAGGCGGCGUGGGCCACCGUCUGUUCUUCUAUCUAUACGCUUUCUUCUUUGGGCUCGGCAGCUUCAUCGGUAACGAUCCCAUCAUUCUCUCUGGCACAGCGUUCCUCGCCUAUAUGACCCGUGUGUCGAGAAACAUUGUGCAUCCGAGGGCUUGGAUUCAUAGCCAGUUUGCAGUGGCCAAUAUUGCAUCUGCUAUUCUGGUCUCUUCGAAUCCGACCAACCUAGUGCUUGCAGGUGCUUUCAACAUCAAGUUUAUCGUAUACACUGCCAACAUGAUUGUCCCGGUGGUAGUAACGGCUAUCGUCAUUUUCCCGUUUCUGCUCUAUAUCAUCUUUGCCGAUGUCUCACUCAUUCCGUUCUCCAUUCAGAUGCAUGAGCUCUCUGAUGAAGCCAAAGCAAGGAAGCCAGUGAAUCCCAACAUUCCGCACGCCAGAGGUAAUGCCGAGGAAGAGGAAGAGAUUAACAACGAGCAUGGCAAACUGCUUUCCCUCGAAGAAAUUAUGAAUCCAUUCUUGGAUAAAGGAGGCGCGGCGUUCGGUGCGGUCAUCAUGGCCGCCACUCUUAUUACCCUCCUUGCGCUGAACGCCGCAAGUAGUUCUGGUCACGCGCACCCCGUGUUUUGGGUCACUUUACCUGCUGCCUUCAUCAUGUUCUGCUGGGAUCUCGCGUCUGGUUGGCUCCAUCGACACGAGACGCGCGAAAUUGCAGCUAAGGGACGACGAGAGGUAGAAGCUGCUAGAGCCGAGAAGGAACGCCAAGACUCAAAACUAAAUCUGCAAGAGCAGAUUGACUCACCUAGCGCUCGCCACGAACGUCCUGACGCACUCGGGCUUUCAUUACGAAACUCUUUGUGGACAUCGGUGGAUGGCGGCGACAUCUCCGUUGGUGCUCCCGAAAGUAGCAGCCACUCUGAAAAGCGCCUGGCAGAUUCCGAACCUUUUCCAAAGACUGCAAUACCUGUUGCAACGAUGACUAGCCCCCAGGAGCCAUACCUCAGCACAUCGCCCGAACCUUUAGAUAUGACACCUGUGAACGCGAUAGACGAGGAGAAACGAACUACCGGGCUUCGAAAAGAGGCAAGUUCGCCACAAACUCUAGCAUCGCUUGUCACAGACCUCUACCAGUGGCUACAAGAGACAUUUCCAACUGUCACAGCCGUGGUUUCGCAUAUGCCCUUCCCGCUGAUUCCAUUCGCGUUGUCUAUGUUUGUCCUUGUUCAGGCGCUCGUAACCAAGGGAUGGGUGCCGGUCUUCGCCUAUGGAUGGGACCGUUGGGUAGAGAAAACGGGAACGGUGGGGGCGAUUGGCGGAAUGGGCUUUUUGUCCGUCAUUCUUUGCAACUUCGCCGGAACAAAUAUCGGUACAACAAUUCUUCUCUCCCGUGUCAUUCAAGCGUGGCAAGAGAUCCACCGCAUCAACGGAAUUCCCAUCAGCGAUCGCACCUUCUGGGCUUCGGUAUACAGCAUGGCCAUCGGUGUUAACUAUGGCGCGUUCAGCACGGCGUUCAGCGCAUCUUUAGCUGGCCUCUUGUGGCGUGACAUUCUGGGAAGAAAGCACAUUCGCGUCGGUAGUAUCGAAUUUGCACGCGUGAAUCUUCCCAUCAUUGCUAUCUCCAUGGCCGUUGGGUGUACUGUCCUCGUCGGCCAGAUUUACCUCGUGAGAAAGCCCACGCCAUAUGAUGCAUGA